GUGGAGAAAAAGAACCCUACCCGCCUCAGAAUACGGGAAGAGUGGGACCCACAAAACUCCAGCGCCAGUAAAAGAAAAAUAAAGCAUCGCUCCUCCAGAAGCGGUCAAGCUUUUGGUCAAUUUCCCAAAACGAAAAAAAAAAAACCCUAGUACCACUUUUGAGAGGGAAAAAUCUCUCCGCCAAAACUGCAUCUUAACCCCUUUCUUCUUCUUCCUCUUCCUCUCUCUCUCUAUCUUUCUGGAUUCUUCUCGUCUGGUUCUAAUAAAAGUUUGGAAAAAGCUGUUAUGGUUGUGGCGGUGAUCGACGGCGGUCGCGCGACGAAGAGGGCGAGGCGAAGCAACCGAAUCUCCGCCGAUCUACACGAUUUCUUCACUUUCCCGGCGUCGGAUGAGGCCGGAGGAGGGCCGCCGUUCCGGGAUGGAGUGAGAUCUUUCCUCUCGAGCCACGCGCGGGUGCUCUUCUCGAGCCUGAUGACGUGGCAGAUCCUGCUCAGGGCCGGAGAUUCCGUGGACGACGGUUCAGAUCUCUCCUCAAGGCUCGUCUCUCUGGACGUUGUGGAGGAGGACGUCACCAGAUCCUCCAGAUCCGUUUACUGUGACCACUGCCGAGUCGUCGGCUGGAGUGGUCAUCCAGUGUGUAGAAAGAGGUACCAUUUCAUCAUAAGGUCAGGAGAAAGCUCCAAGAGCCAGAAGUGUUCGAGUUGCGGCAACACUCUGCAACUCUCGGACAGCGGAAGCAGCUGCAAGUGGUGCAGCUCCGCGUUGGACGUCGAGAACUGGGUCUACUCUCAGCUAGACGACCCAACCCACCUCCUCCAUGGCGUUAUCCACUCGAACGGUUACGCUCAUCUCUUGUCACUCAACGGGCGAGAAGGUGGGUCUGGUUUCUUGCCUGGUCAUGCCAUCAUGGACUUCUGGGACAGGCUUUGUUCUGCCCUCGCGGUUAGGAAGGCAAGCGUGAUGGACGUGUCGAGGAAGUAUGGAAUGGAUUACCGACUCCUUCACGCUGUCACCAGGGGGUCCUCGUGGUAUGCAGAGUGGGGAUACGAGUUCAAAUCCGGGAGUUAUGCCCUGACCCGAGAUGCGUAUAAGAAGGCGGUGGAUACUCUAUCAGGUAUGCACGUGUCUCGGUUCUUGUUCCACGGGAGGAAGCCCAGAACUCGGCUCCAUUCCACCAUCGCUUUCUACCAGUCACUUUCGUGUUCGGAGUUUCUAACCCUUCGAGACCUCUUCUCCUUCCUGUUCCGACUGAUUCAUGAGACCCGUUCCAGAAAGUCAGGGGAACUUGCCGUUGCGCCUUCAGACGUGUUGUGUUCUUGGACAAGGAGUGAUGUGGAAGAUGUGCAUAAAGCCAUGAUCAAGGUGUUGAAAGCUGCAGGAGGUCAUGGAGGAAGCUGGGCGACCAGGCGGGCUCUCAAAGGAUCCACUUGCAGAAUGGCGUCUUUGGAGCUUCUCGAUUACUGUCUCAAGCAUUUGGGAGGUGUGUCCACGGAUGAUGGAUCUCAUAUAGUCUGCUCCAGUUUCAAUGCUGCUACUAAUGAUUUCGAGUUCAGGCUUGUGCCGGUAUCCUCUAUCCGCCUGUCUGAUGACCCAGAGGAAAAGUAUCCAUCAGAGGAGCAUGUGAAACGCGACAUAAGAUAUUUAUAUGAUUUUCUAUUGCACCCACAAACCAUGGCCAAGUUUAGGUCUCAAGUAACAAGAGACAAAAUGAUGGACGCAGCAACAAAAAUACUAGAUUGCAAGCAUUUCAUGAAAGAUUACCUACCCAGCGGUGCUAAUCCCUUUGCCAUCAACCUCUGGUGUCAUGUUGAGCUCUCAGAUCAAUCCAAAGAAUGUCCUGCUCUGCCCCCAGAGCUUCUGGUUCUUCCCAUGAAUGCUACUGUAUCUGACCUGAAAAUCGAAGCUGCCAAGGCUUUUCAGGAAGUUUAUGCAAUGUUCAAGAGGUUUGAAGUCGAGGAACUCCUAGGAUAUGGCUCCUUGGAAGAUUCAAUUACCCUGAAAUUUCUAGUUGGGACAAGUGGGAUGGUCAGGAUCAAAGGGAGAUGCUCAUCAAAACAUGGGCUUCUUCGGUACCGCAUGGAGAGAGGAGUGGAGAACUGGAAGGUUGAUUGCAUUUGCGGUACAAAGGAUGACGAUGGGGAGAGAAUGUUGUCAUGUGACGCGUGUGGUGUGUGGCAUCACACCAGAUGUGCUGGGAUCGAGAACUCUGAUGCAUUGCCAUCUAAGUUCCAUUGUUUCAGAUGCAUCAAACUGUACAGGAAGAAACCAAAACGAUCUGAUGCUGAGCAUGGAUCUAGUGAAGUGCCUCAAGCCGGCUUUGUUUGUAGAGGUGAGUCGGCUGGGAUGGGCAAUGGAUCUAAUAUGUCUGUAACACUUAGUGUAGGCUAACUAUGUAUUCCUGAUCUAGCUAUAUGUAUAGUUAAGAGUUUUUGGUUGGGUCUAAAACUUCAAGCAUCUAAGCCUACAUGACCUAGAGGCUUCAUGAAUGGGAGUUGCAUGCCCCGUCCUAAGUUUCAAUGUAUUUUCUAAUCAUGCGAUAUUAAGAAGGUACAAAUGUUUGCCGUACUAAGGGCAUUUACCUUA